AUGGAGCGACUCCCCGGCCCCGCCGCACCCCAGGUGGCGCUGGCGGAUGCUGCUGCCCGCCUUGAGGAGGAAGGGUUCCCGGAGGCCCUGUGCCCCAGGGAGCAGGGGGAGGAGGAGGAAGAGGAGGAGGAAGAGGACAGGCGGAGGAGCCCAAGACCUGUCACUUUCACGCUGGGCAACGAGAUACUUGGGCUGGGCCCAGAGAGCGAGUUUCAGAGCCCCGACGCCGAGGUCUACAUGCACUUUAUGAGGAGCCACUGCUGCUACGACGCCAUCCCCACCAGCUGCAAGCUCGUCGUCUUUGACACCUCCCUGGAGAUCAAGAAAGCCUUUGUGGCACUGGUGGCCAAUGGGGUGCGUGCCGCCCCGCUCUGGGACAGCAAGACACAGAGCUUUGUGGGGAUGCUCACCAUCACCGACUUCAUCAACAUCCUCCACCGCUACUACCGCUCACCCCUGGUUCAGAUCUACGAGGUGGAGGAGCACAAGAUUGAGACCUGGAGAGAGGUGUACCUGCAGGGCUCCUUCAAGCCGCUGGUCUCCAUCUCCCCGAGCAAUAGCCUCUUCGACGCUGUCUACUCCCUGAUCAAGCACAAGAUCCACCGCCUGCCCGUCAUCGAGCCCAUCUCGGGCAAUGUCCUGCACAUCCUGACGCACAAGCGCAUCCUCAAGUUCCUCCACAUCUUCGGCUCCACCGUCCCCAAGCCACACUUCCUGAAGAAAACAGUGCAGGAGCUGUGCAUCGGCACCUUCCGUGACGUGGCUGUUGUGCCCGAGACCGCCCCCGUCUACACCGCCCUGGAGAUCUUCGUGGACCGCCGCGUCUCUGCCCUGCCAGUCAUCAACGAUGCUGGGCAAGUGGUUGGCCUCUACUCCCGGUUUGACGUCAUUCACCUGGCAGCCCAGAAGACCUACAACAACCUGGACAUGAGCGUGCGGGAGGCGCUGCGGCAGCGCACCGUCUGCCUGGAGGGGGUCCUCACCUGCUACCCCCAUGAAACCAUGGAGGACAUCAUUGACCGCAUUGCCAAGGAGCAGGUCCAUCGCCUGGUUCUGGUGGAUGAGAACCAGCACCCCCGGGGCAUCGUUUCCCUCUCCGACAUCCUCCAGGCCCUUGUGCUCACUCCCGCAGGUAUCAAUGCUCUUAACUCUUAGCCUGCGACGCUCCGUCUUUCUCCACUCGCACCCUCCAUUUCUCUCCACUUCAGGCAUUGACCGAUCCUCACUCUGAAGACAGCAGGGAAGUGCCGCCUGCCACCGUCUCAUCCGACUGGGGGCCUCUUGCGUGGCCCUGGGGCCGUGGAAGGAGGCUCGGGCCCUGCAGGCUCUUUGCGGGGAGGACCUGCCCGCCCACCCUGGUCCUGGGGCUCGUCUUGAGUCCAGGGCCAGAUCCUGCUGGCCUCAGGGAGGCAGGGAGUGGGGAAAAGGGGACCUGGGGGUGCCUCUCACCAGCGAGCACACAGUGAUGCUCAGUGGGCACCAUGCCGGAGGAGCCAUGCCAUGCCCACAGCUGGCACAGGGACUCGCAUGGCCCUGCACGGCCCUGGGGGACUCAGCCACCCAGCUCCCAUCCCGCUGCCGGAUUCGCGCGCUUUGGCCGCGGCUUCCCCCCUGGUGAGCACGGUCCUGCCGGCUGCGCCCAGUAGCGUAGGCUCAGCUGCAGACACAGGCUUGUUUAUUGUAGGGUCACGCAGGGCUGGAGCUCCCUGGCAGAGGCGCAGCCUGCGCCGGAGCUGGCACCAGGACGGGCACUUGCACGGGGACCCUGUGCACGUUUUGGGGUGGGCGGGGGGUAUUUAUUUAUUUGCUGGUCUGUUCAGCCUUGUUUUAAUAAAGCAGCCUGCUC